AUGUCGACGGCGACGGAGGCGGCGAAUAGCGGCACCGCGGCGCGGGUGCGGUGCCAACGGAUCGGCUGCGACGCCAUGUUCACCGACGACGACAACCCCGAGGGCUCCUGCCAAUACCAUCCCUCCGCACCUUUAUUUCAUGACGGCAUGAAAGAGUGGAGCUGCUGCAAGCAACGAAGCCAUGAUUUUAGCUUAUUUUUGGCAAUACCAGGAUGCACAACAGGGAAGCAUACGACUGAAAAACCAGUCACAAAAGCUGUUUCUGCAAACCCUCCCAAGGCCACACCAAUCCAGUAUUCUAAGCAGGGUGUAGGAGCCGAUGGCUGCGCAAGGUGUCGUCAGGGUUUCUUUUGCUCCGACCAUGGAUCGCAGCCCAAGGUACAAAAACCAGCUGCUACCGACGAUACAAAGAAGGAACCUGUUGAAAAAUCCUCGGUUCCACCUCCAAAGAAAAGGAUUGAUAUAAAUGAACCAAGAACAUGUAAAAAUAAAGGAUGCGGUAAAUCCUACAAGGAGAAGGAUAACCAUGACUCUGCAUGCAAUUACCAUCCAGGUCCUGCAGUUUUCCAUGACAGGAUGAGAGGGUGGAAAUGUUGUGACAUUCAUGUCAAGGAGUUUGAUGAGUUUAUGGAGAUACCUCCAUGCACCAAGGGCUGGCAUAAUGCUGAUGCUGUGUGA